CAGUUUCGUAAAAUAACACAAGGAAGGAAGUUGUGGCAAAUAUACAUGUACUGAUAGACUAGUUAUGCACCAGGACAUUCAAUGGCUGUUAGAUGAAGCACCCCUCCCAGCCGUGGGAUGGCACAGAGCACUGGGUCUCACCGUCGCAGCCUGAACAAGGUGAUCAUCAAGCAGGGCUACCUGAGGAAGGCACCAACUUCUAGUAAACUGCCACUCAUCAAGAGCUGGGACAAGAAAUGGGUUGUUUUCGGAGUUCUCAAUGGAGAAGAUGCUUACCUGGAGUACUUUGACACACAGUCAGAGAUAUUCAGAGGCACCCCAUGUGCUGUGGUGAACCUACAGAACAUCAAACACAUCACCUAUACUAUGCAGGGGCAGAAAUAUGACUUUGAGUUCCAUAUUGGUCUGCAAGACAGGGUUGUUACCUUAGUGGCUGAUUCAAGAAAUGAGAUGUUUGCAUGGUGUGAUGCCCUGAACUUGAAGCUACGUGAACUACACUUGAUUGGGCGCAAAGAAAAUGACUACAUGGCGAUUCCCAGAAACCUUCCCAGACCCCAACCAGAAAAUUCUCAGUCCACUGAGCCACCAGCUUCAGCUGCUGCUAAUAAUGUUGCUCCAAGGCGACCCCCACCCCCUCUGCCUCAGGAAGCUGAAGUGCCACCCAGAAGUCCAUCACCCCUGGACGCUGACUUCAAUCCCAGAGGUCAAUCUCCCUUGCGUACAGAUGACAACCAGUCCCAAUUAACACCACAGCUAGGAGAAAGUAGAAAUGGCAGAACUGGAGAUGUGGAAGAUGUGAUUGACAGCAUUAUUAGAGAACAUGAGAUGCAGAAACAGGGGAGGAAUUCCGUCGCUGAUCAUAAUUCCCAUGGAACAAGUAGUGUUUUUGCUUCACUUGAAGAAGAAGAAGAUACAGAUUCUGAUUAUGAAGACAAUUUGUUACUUGAAGAGGAAACCAAUCAUUUGAUGGCACAAAAUUAUGGUGAUGAGUUACAGACCCAACAGCAUCCUAGUACAGAUCAAUCAUGUACCCCAGAAGCUGAGACUCCAGCUGUAAACCAGGUCUCUGCAGCAAAAAUUUCAAAGGCAAUACCACAUCCAAGACAUGCCUCUAGCAUGGAGAACUCUGUUUCUGCAGACCAGGUCACAGAUGGAUCUAAUUCAGUCACAAGUGGGUCAUCUCGGGACACAAAUGUCAGUAGCUUUUCAGGUGCUGUAGCUCCAGCUCGCAGCUAUCAUGAAAGCAAUGGUGCCAACACUUAUGAGGCCUUAUGGGAGGUGCCACUUCCAGUUCAUUCUAUGAAGACUUCAGUCAGUGCACCAGACUCGGCAUUUUCCGAUCAACCUGAUGUCAUUCCUCCGAUACCAAGACGUCGGACCAAAAUUCCAUCACAGUCCCAUCCCCCUCCCCCAGUUCCUCCAUCUUCCUUUCAGAGAUCUGCUUCCUGUCCUGGUCCUCCUGAUACUUAUACCUGUAUGGCAUCUCCAGACAGACAGACAAGUGGCUUUGAGCAAACAGCAGGAAACAACUUGCAGAAUUCUCCUAACAUUGCAGAUGAAGUUGAUAUGAGGUUAGCUCGUAAAUUGAGAGAACUUGAAGGUCCAGAAGUAAACUAUGGACCAGGUGGACCACCCCCUCUAGAGGAGGCACCACCCCCUUACACCCCUCCUCGUUCGGCUUACAUGCCAGGCAUGAUCCCUGUGCGGACUGCUGGCCAGUCCCCAACAGGUGGAGCCACCUCCCCCCUGUCACCUCACAGCUUGGGUUCCCCUAGCAGCAGAAUGCCUCCUCUGGCCUCUUCUAUUUCUGAAAAUGCACCCCCUCCUCUUCCUGCUCGCACCCACUCUCAGGUAUCACGACGAUCUGUUCCAUCUCCAGAGGGGCCAGGCCCUCUUCCGCCACGGAGACUGCAUAGAGGAAUUUCCCUGAAGGAGAGCCAGGUUCAAAUACUGAAGAAUGAGAUGGCCAUGCAGGGUGUCUCCAUCGCCCUAAGGAAAUCUGACUGCUUGGGCAGCAUUGCACUAGUGGAUUGCUUUGGGACUGUUUGGGUGGCAGGUUGGAACAUGAGGGACCGGCCUUCUCUUCACAAUGCCUUCCACAUAGGAGAUAACAUCCUCUCUAUCAAUGACCAAGUAAUUCACUCUGCUCAAGCGGCACAAAAGGCAAUCAAACAUUGUGAUGAUUAUUACAAAGUGAACUUUUUGAUCAGACGAUUACCCCAUGGACGUGUGUUUGCUAUCCGUAGAUCAGCUGAAGGAGAAAGUUUGGGGAUCAAGAGAGAAGGAGGGACAGCUGAGAUUGUACGCGUUGACCAAGAUGGUCUGGCAGCUCAGCAUGGGCUUCCAGCAAUGGCAAAAAGUAUAGAUGGCACCACUUUAUGCAACUGGAGUCUUACAGAGAUCAACAAUAGGCCUCUCAAUCUUUUCUUCAAAGACAAUGAAAUUGAACACCGCCUGAAUGCUGUUGGAAAGGAUAUAUCCUUGCUAGUUCAACCAUAUGACUUCAUAAAAGCACUGAAAAAAGCUCUGAAGUCCCUGAAGAACUAUAAAGAUUACAUUGUCCAGUGAUAAUUUUUAUCAACUAGAUAAGUCUUAAAGUGAAACAAGGGUAACACCAUGUAAAUGAAAGUGAAAAGAGAAAGCUUCCAAGUACAAUACUAAAUUGAAAACAAAGUAGAUACUUAGAUCCGUUGGUCUAAACUCUGCUGUCAGAGAAUACUGCUUAAGUAUUCUCACAUUGUUAAUUUUAUUUUUUCCUUGUUCUUUGAAACACAAAGGGUGAGGCCGUCUACAAAAGGUCUACAAAAGGUAAUAUGUGAUAUCUUUCUCAAUGCACAAUAUAAUUAUUAAAAUGUAUUCAGUGUAAUAGCAUUUUUGAUUUUCAGCUUCAGUUAAUUAUUAAAGCAAAGUAUCGGCUUUAUUUUUUUUAUCAAUUGCUGCAAAUCUGACACAGAAUAUUAAUGCCUGCUUUUUGGCAUUCAUGGUUAUUUUAAGGUGUUUUGGGGUUUAUAGUUUUCAAGCACAGCCUUUGGGCCUGUCAUACCUAACACAGCAUGAAAUAAGAUUAUUGAAAGUGAAGUCAUUUCAUUAUGAAUAUAUAUAUAGAAUGCAUAACAAAACUGCCUCCCUUGCAGCAGAUAUGUGAGAUAUGUGAUUUGCUCCUGACAUGAACAUUUGUUUAGUUUGGUAGAAAAAUAUUUUAAACUUUUUUCCCAUUUUUAUACACUGAUAUCCCAAAUAUAUUUUCUCAAUCUGAAGUAUUUAUAACAAAUAUAUUUUUGAAACUUGCAGCUUUCUGUAAAUUUCCAUCUUUUUGGUGUAGAGUCCCAGCACACUGUCGAGUAUAGGAACACAAGUCGAGUUAGUAUGCACGUAUGCACAUGUACACGCACAAACACACACACACACACACACACACACACACACACACACACACACACACACAGAGGUAUCAUUCCAAAGUGUAGCAGUGAACCCAGAACUUUGUAGAUUUAUACAACACGCUGCCCAUGUGUAAUUGCCAAAUGUCUUAAAAUUAUUUAUAAACAUAGAUAAAUGAACAAAGGUAUAUUAACUGUGUAUAUAAUUUUGAUGAGAAAUGAAACUACUGAACAAAGCAACCCUGCUUCAACUUUGUUAAGUUGCCAGCUACAGCUAGAUGCUCAUGUGCUUGUGAUAAAUAAAAUGCAUGUAAACUGGUGUAGGGUCAUUGCUUAUCAGAUAUGUUGCGUUAUUGUUUUAUAUAUUGAAUUAUUUCAGAAUGUUAUUUGGAGAAUUGUAAAGACAACUGUUAUAGAUAUUGUGCAAUGAAUUUUUCAAAAACAAUGAAUAGUUUUGAGCCAAAGGUAGAUGCAAAUGAUACAUGAUUUUUUCCAGUGGUUUUGUGCAGUGCAGUCUUAUGAUAGAUAUUUGAUCACAAAAUAACUGAAAUUGGUCUUUCUACAUGACAUGAAGGGUUCUAAAUGGUUUAUUGUUAUUAUGAUUAGCAUUAUUUAUUAGCAUUUUAUUAGCAUUUUGUUGUAUGCUUUAAUGCCUGUCUCAUGAAUGCACUGAUAUAAAAAGGUUCUUCCAUUUUUUAUACAAGUUAUGAAAAAUAUAAUUUAGGUAAAAACCAAGCAUUGGAUAACAUAUUUCCUGGAGUCCUCAUUGUACUUGAUAUAAUUUAUUUGCAUUAUCCCUAAGCUUAGAGCACUGGAUUAUUUUAUGACCUCAUGCAGAUGUAUGCAUGCUUAUGGCUGUAAAGAUAAAAGAAAAAUUGAAAUAAAAGGUAUAACAUGCUUUAUAUUAUGUUAAGUCAUACAAGUCUAGGAGACAUAAUGUUAACCAGAAGGUUACACCACAACAUCCUGAUCUCUCACAGGGCAGCUGCCAUGG